AGUGAGGGUGGGAGGAGAUAAACCAUCAGCUCCUUGUUCAUAGCUGUAGGCACGCCAAGCAGAGAGCAAGCAGAGUAAACGGGAUUCCAGUGCUGGACACCAUGGCUGAAGAUCUGGUGCUGGAAUCAUGCAACCUGGAGUGUGAGAGCAACAAUCGGAACCACAUGACGGCUGACAUGGGCAGCCAGAAGCUCAUUGUGAGGAGGGGACAGUCUUUCACCAUCACGCUGCUCUUCGCUGGAAGGGGUUAUGAGGAAGGAGUGGAUAGACUUACUCUCAACGUAGAGACAGGGCCGUGCCCCAUUGAGUCGUCGGGAACCAAGUCCCAUUUCCCCGUCUCCGAUGCCCUCCAGGAGUCAGCGUGGAGCGCGGUCGUGGACCAUCGGGAUGGAACCGCUCUCUCCUUGUUGAUUUACUCCCCUCCCGAUGCCCGGAUUGGCCGCUAUGCCCUGACCCUGGAGGCCUCUAUGGGGUACCAAGGCUCCAGCUUCAGGCUCGGAGAGUUCAUCCUGCUCUUUAACCCUUGGUAUCCAGACGACUCUGUCUUUCUCGAGUUUGAAGACCAGCGGUGUGAGUUUGUGCUGACGCAGCAGGGCCUCAUCUACCAGGGAUCUCUGAAGUUCAUGGUCCCUACUCCCUGGAAUUUCGGACAGUUUGAAGAUGAAAUUCUGGACAUCUGCCUUCAGCUGCUGGAUACAAACCCCAAAUUCCUUCGAGACCAGAACCGAGACUGCUCCCGCCGCAAUAACCCCGUUUACAUUGGCCGGGUUGUGAGCGCCAUGGUGAAUUGCAAUGAUGAUCAAGGGGUGCUUGCAGGGCGCUGGGACGAUAAGUACGAGGACGGGGUGAGCCCCAUGUCCUGGAUAGGGAGCGUGGACAUUCUCCGGAGGUGGAGGAAGUACGGAUGCCAGCCAGUCCGAUAUGGCCAGUGCUGGGUCUUUGCGGCAGUGGCAUGUACAGUCUUGAGAUGUUUGGGAAUUCCCACCCGAGUGGUGACCAAUUAUAACUCCGCCCAUGAUACCAACAGCAACUUGGUCAUCGACCGUUACCUAGAUGAAAUGGGAAACCUGCAGAAGACAUCCAAAGACAUGAUAUGGAAUUACCAUUGCUGGGUGGAGUCCUGGAUGACCCGGCCAGACCUUUCCCCUGGCUGUGAUGGAUGGCAGGCUUUGGAUCCAACUCCUCAGGAGAAGAGUGAAGGGGCAUACUGCUGCGGGCCAGCUCCAGUCAAAGCCAUCAAGGAAGGUGAACUGAGGCUGAAAUACGACAUCCCGUUUGUCUUUGCGGAGGUCAAUGCAGAUGUGGUUUAUUGGGUGCUGCAGAAGGAUGGCUCCAGAAAGAAGACCAUCCACUCUUCUACCGUAGGAAGGAACAUGAGCACGAAAAGCGUGGGCAAAGAUACCAGAGAAGACAUUACCCACAACUACAAGUAUCCCGAGGGAUCAGAUGAAGAAAGGGAAGUCUUUGCAAAAGCAGAACUCCAGAAAAGUUACCUGACUGAGGAGGAGAAGGGCGUGAGCAUCAAGAUCAAGGUGUCCGAGGGCAUGAACAAUGGCUGCGAUUUUGACGUCUACGCCGUCAUCAGCAACAACACCGAGACAGAACGGCUGUGCAGGCUCAUGUUCUGUGCCCGAACUGCCAGUUACAAUGGCGUUGUGGGCCCUGAGUGUGGGUUGAAGGAUCUUCUGAAUGUCAUUCUCCUACCCCAUGCAGAAAAGACUGUGCCCCUGCGUAUUCUGUAUGAGAAGUAUGGUAGCUGCCUGACCCAAGACAACAUGAUCAAGCUGGUGGCCCUCCUGUUUGAAUACCAGACCGGAGAUAUCAUCCUUGGGGUCCGAGACAUCUACGUAAAGAACCCGGAUAUUAAGAUUAGGGUUUUAGGGGAACCAGUGCAGAAGCGGAAGCUGGUGGCAGAGCUCACCCUGACUAAUCCCCUCUCGACCCCUCUGAGUGGCUGCGUGUUCACCCUGGAGGGGGCUGGUCUGACCGAAGGACAGAAGACCCAGGAGCUCGCCAGCCCCGUUGAGCCGGGGCAGGAGGCGAAGGUCAGGGUGGACUUGGCUCCCCAGCUGUCCGGCCUGCACAAACUCGUGGUGAAUUUCGAGAGUGACAAGCUGAAGGGAGUGAAGGGCUAUCGCAAUGUGAUCGUCGCCCCACUGCCAAAGUGAAGCCGCCUGACCCGUUCUCACCUGGCCUGCCGAUGCCAACAUGAGCCUCCUCUCAAGAACUAACGACGAUUCCUACAGAGACCAGAGACCUCGCCCUGCGCAGCCAGUCCCAGACGCCAGGCACCUCCGCCAUUCGCUGGGUUCGAAAGGACUUCACUGAACUGAGCUGCCAGCCAUUGACCAGAAAAGCUCCUGCCAGAGGUGCCUGGUGCAGCCACCACACCCCGUGCGUCAGACACUUCACCAGUUGGCCACGGUCAGACAGCGAGGAGAAAAUCAGUCCAAGCUGACACAGAAAGCGGCAGGGAGGGGAGGUGCCAAGGGAGAGAAUGGUUCUGGGAAGAGGGAACCCCAGUUCCAGGUAGGAUGACCAGACAGCAAACAGGGGUGGCUCUGUUUUUUACUGCCCCAAACAUGGCAGUCAGGCAGCCUUCAGGGGCGUUUCUAUGAGAUGUCCGCCGGUCACACGGAUUUGGUGGCAGCUCUGUGGGUGAUCUGCCGGUCCCGCACGGUCGUACCUGCCACCGAAUUGCCACCGAAACCAUGGGACUGGCAGACUUCCCUCAGAAACGUCACUGAAGGCCGCCUGACUGCUGCCCUCAGAGCCACCGGCACGCCACUCCCUGCAGCUUGCCACCCCAGGCAC